CGGCCUUUUUGGGGGGCGGGCUGCGAGGAGUCUGUCUGUCCGUCCGUCUGCGUGUCUGCUCCGAUCCCCCCUUGGCUUGCGAGGGGCUGCAGCCCCCGCUGAUUUGGCUGCUGGGGGCGUUGGGGCCGUUCUGGGCUGGGAAGAAGGAGCGUGUUGGGGCUUGGGGGGCUGUUCCCGAGGAGCCGAGGGAGAUUUGGGGUGCUGGCAUCUCACUGCCGCUCUUGAAGGGACACAUGUGCUGUACUGUGGUGGCGGCGGGGCGCUGGGAGCAGCCUGGGACGCUCCAUGGGGACUGUCCUGCUAUCAAGGUGUUCCUCACAGCGUCAGGGCAGGGAGAUGUUUCUUUUAAAGUGAAACCUGCAAAUUAUGUAAUGUCUUAUAUGGGUCUGUAGGGAAGCAGCCGCACAGGUCCUGGUAACUUGGUCUUCACAGCUCUUCUUUCACAAAACCCUGGAGAAGCGAUGCUCAGAGUGUUACACUUAGUGUUAGCUGGAAAAGCCUGCCAGAAGCGAAGGCGUUACAUGGAAGUGGGGUGACUGUGAACCGGGGGCGUACAUGCCCGUUUGGGGUUGCCUUGGAGGGCGGAGGAACUCGCCAUCCUCCGGACCUGGCACAGUCAGCGCGCAGCCUCACACCUGCCGUUUCUCAGAAGGUCGGUGCUGCGCGCCCAUGAAAAGGCUCAUCGCAAAGGUUAUCGCUAAAUCCUCCUUCUUUAUGCAAUCUGAGUCAUGGUGCUCACAGCCAUGCAGGAUCUGCUACUCACUUUUUCCCACAAACGCACGCGCUGUUACUUAGAAUUUUGGAAUGGUUACCACGUAAACCUCAGCUCAUGCUACUCUUAGGUUUCUUUCUUUUUUUUUUUUUUAUUUUUUAAAAAUUUAGUUUAAGUGUGUAUUACUUCUUGCUUAAUAGAAACUUGGAAACCGGAUCUGGAUGAAUCCCAGAGGUAGCUGAGAAGAACUCAAGAAUGCUAAGUUAAUGUCCCUGGCUUUUUUCUUCUCCUACAUGGUGAAGAAGGGGGAUGUGGCUUGACCAUUGUUCUGGAAAGUUGAGGGUAAAGAGUAUUGUUAGCAAGCUGCUAUUUAGGGCUAUGUGGUCCAGACAGUGCCAUUUACUAGUUCUACUCCUUUCAGCUCUCACAGAAUUUCAAUGAAAAACCCAAUCACAUGUUGACCAUACUCAACUCUGUGAAAUGGGGUGGAAUCAGAAAUAACUAGUUUCCUGAUGUUUCAGUCUCUAUUGACUGUGUCCUUAAGAAGGUAUGCAAGCAUAUCUUCUUUCUCCAAACAACUGCAACUGCAAUUCAGAUGCUGUGUGAAUGUCAAAUGGCCCAUUCAGUCAAGGCAGGGCAAUGGUCAUGUGCUCUAAAGUCAUGCACAUGCACAGAAGUUUGUGAGACUGAAGGCUGUAUUAUCACAUAAUGUUGCUUUUAGUUGAAUCGAGUUACUAGGAAAUGUGGCCAGUCGCUGCAGAUGAAGCCAAGCUUUGUUUCUGUGUUCAUGAGUGAUUCUGCUGGGUAUGUGAUUUAAAACAUAGUUGUUGAAGUAUGGAUUUUUGUUCCCUCCAGAGGGGAAGGCUCUUGGGCACAAACCCACAGGAUUACUGGGAUGCCAGCCUCCCACACAGGUUCCCAUGUUUUCCUGAGUUAAACUGGGAUCUGGGCCUUUGUUAUUUCUGUGCUCCUUGUUAAUAUUCUGUAUGUUGCAUGUCCUUUAAUAGCCUGGCUUAUCACUUACUUAAAUGUAGUGGGGUUGAGUGGCAACACAGGGGUUUUCUGUAAGAUUAUUGUGGAAGACACAGGUAAACUGUGCUAGGGUCCCCAAAAAUGGGAAUAGAGGAGCACUGGGAUUCUUCAGAUCCUCCCAGGUGUGUGUCUCUGUCCCCACUCUGUGCCUGUUCAGAGAGGUCCAAAUUCAGUUUCCAGAUGACAGCUUCAAACAUGCAGCCAGUGCCUCUCACCCUCCUCAGUGCAGCUGGGAUUUCUGUGAAGUUGGUGGUCGGUUUGCGCAAGGAUAGAGCUGGGGUUGGGUGGUGUAAAUUCUUAAUUGCUGUCACUAAUACUGUGGUUGCAUUGCUGAGAAACAAAGGAGAAAAUGUGCCUUUAGAGCUGUGUUUUUUCCCUUGUUUCUCUUUUUCUCUGUCCCCACUGGGAAUGUUUUGCUCUUUUCUCCUAGUCUUUCCCUGCAGCUCCUUGCCACCCACUCUCCCCUUGCCACCCAAAGGCUUCUCUGUCCUGAUUUCUCCAACCUUGGUUUGGUCAGCAAUAAAGAGAUAGUGCCAAUACUUAAAUAUGACAUCAUUUGGUUCAGGUUGAUACUGUGGUUAGAUUAAUAAAAGCUGUGGGGAGGUGGUGUGUUCCUGAGCUGUUACUCCAGGCCGCUGCAGACCUCAGCUGCUGGUGCUUGCCAAAAGCUCUCAAGAUGGGAGAGGAAGGCACAUGCAUCUCUGAUUUAAGAUGUGGAUGGUGUGAGAGCUGAGCAAGCCAUACAGGAACCAUAUCUUUUUAGAGAGUAAAGGUGUUAAGCGUAUAUGUCAUUAGGAGGCAUAUUUAUUUAAAAUAAUGCAACUAAAUGCUACAUUAAUUAGAUCCUUGAUUACGUGUAAGUAGAGGCAGAGUCAGGUAUGAUAGCAACUUAUCCCCUUUUAUCCUGUCAGUCUGCUUCAUUACAACCUACUCUUCUGGUUUGCAUUUGUGCACGUCCUGCAUCCUUCUGCCUCAGUAAGGUAUUUAUUAGCUCACCAUUUUGCUGAAAUCAGUCUCAGCCUUUAAAAAAAAGGUGCAGUGCUGUUUGCUGUAGCAGGAUUUGGUGACUUUGUGUUAGUGAGUGAUCAAAAUGACAGUAGAAUUCUUCCCCCCGCCCCUCACCAAGUGCAAGAUUUCAAGUUAAGAUUUAGAAGUGAGAGGUGUAGAAAAUCCUAGUUUUUAAACUUCUGGAACUCAAUGAUUCUGUUCAAUAGGUAUUUAAGAGUGUGAAAAUGUAAGUUCAGUUUUAGUAGAAUGGUUAAAUGCUGGUUUAUGUUGUCUUUGGAGAGUUCAGAGCUGCCCCUUAUUUUCAUCCUCUUCAGUGGAGAAUUGAAAAGGCCUGUGUGCACUUCACAGGAAAUGAGUGUCUGAUACAGGCUUGCAGGCUGCACAUUUCCAAGAACCGCUCUCAAGGUAUUUUGAUAAUGCACAUUCUCUCUGCCUUCUCCCUUCCUGCUCCUCCUGCACUUUGUGUGCUUCUGCUUGUUCACAAACACAUGCAAAGUUCAGGGGAAGAAUCAAGCGGUGCCGCUGUUAAGUUUGCAGAUGGUCUCCUUUAGCUUUGUACUGGAGCAGUGACUGGCAAAAUUGAGUUAAGCUGGCAGCAUUCAGUUGCUUUUGUUGCAGAUGGUUUUUGUCCUUCCCCUCACUCCCUGCAAAUGCUGAAGAAAAAUUUUGACUUCAGACUAUGACUUGUGCAACGAGGGAGUUUUUUGCAUGUAUGUUAUUCUGCAGUUCAGAAACAGUUUGGAUCUACUUUCGUACUUCCUCAGUAGCAAAGCUUAUUUGGAAACUUAAGCUAAAGCUAAGAAAAUGAGUGUGGCUGUUAGCCCUUGGAAAAUGCCAGAGAUCUGCAGUCUGUACUGUGUAGCUGGGCUUUUGCACAUCCUGCUGAAGGUGCCUUGCUGAAGCAAGGGGAUUCAGCAUAAGUUUGCCUUGGUUGGCACACUAGUGGUGAUGAGCACAGGUUUGAUUGUGUGCAGGAAUGGUUUGUUUAUGUUUUUUGACAGACCACAGUGUUGUUCUUUAUUCAUAUUUUAGUUCUUCCUUGUUUUAUGGUGAGAUUUUGUGGUGUGGAAGGAGAGAAGUCAGAACUGGAGGAACAUUUACUGUUUUAGCAGUAAAGACUGAAAUCUGCUGUCUAGGGGGCAUGCUGAUAUUCAAGUCAGCAGAUUCAAAGAAGAGAUGCUGUUCUUUUUAGUCAUCAAAGAAUGAGGAAAACAUGGACAGAGCUAUUUUAAAUCUGCAGCAGGUCCAUAGUUGAUUCCUCAUGUUGACUUCAUAUGCCCUUGUUUAUUACUUCAGUUUUGCACAAAGGGCAUUUAUGCCUUGUGCUGGGCUCCCCUUAGUGUUAUGUCAGGUUUGAAUGGUUAAGAGGUGACUUAAAAAGGUGUAGCUCAAAAACCCAGCCCUUUGCUGCUGGAUUCCUCUGCUUAAGGUCUGCUAAAGCAUGACAUGGUGAGUACAGCAUAGAAACAAAGCAAAGACAUUUGAGAGAGAAGAGAAAUGAGACUUCUCAGAUCAGCUCUCUCACUUUCCCCAGUCUACAUGAUUGGAGUUUUUUCUUUUAUGAGUUUUAAAAUUAGUUACUUUUCAAUCUUGGUCACCUUUGAACUUCCUCUCAUCUGGUUUUUCUGAAAGAAUACAAAAAGAAUGUCCUGAUUGCACUGUAUCUUUCUCUGGCAUCCUCUUGUAUAUAUAUCUGCUCUCUAAACUGAGCGAGAAAUUUCUCCAGUCUCUCUCCGUACAGUUAUGUGUUACUUCUUAUUACCCAUCUUUAGGCCUACCCUCUUUGUUUCAGCUGUGUGUGUUUUUAUUCAGGUAACUAGAACUGACUGUAUUCUCUCAGGUGGUGACAUUACUGUUACGUUCCCAUCCAUUUUGCACCCUCCUAGUCCCGCUUGCCUCUUGGUUUUUAAAUGACUGCUUUUGCAUUCGGAGCCGGAGCUUUCCUUAAUGAACCCUCAGCACUGUUACUCGGCUCAUUGGUCAGCUGCACCACUUAAUUUAUUGCUCUUGAAAAGAUAGACCCAGCUGGUUUUUCCACAAGCCUGCGUGCAUUUGCGUGUGUCAGGACGGAGUCUUGCCUGACCUCCUGCUGCUUUCCUGCUGACGAAUUUUUAAUGACCUCUGACUUCUCUGUCCUGCAGGGAGUGAAGUGAUUUUGUCACUGUUUACCCUGGGAAGGCGAUGGAGAGGGCUCACUAUUUUGAGUUGGCUGCCUAGAUUUAAGUAACACGAGGCUGUGAGCUGCCUGCUGGGGAGCAAGGUUAAGCCUUGGGGGUGUUGUGGGUAAUGACAGCUUGAAGAUGGAGAGACAAUUCUAGGAAGAGACCUGGGUCAACCUGUGAGUUUGCACAGUCAGGGGGGAGGGAGCUGCUUGCAUAAAAGAUGCGGGAACCUUUGGGCUGCUUGUACCCACCAGCCUGUUGAGGAGUGAGGUGGGAUGCUCUGCAAAGUGGGCUGAGUCAAACCAGGGGGAAGAUGCAGUGGCUGGGAGGGUGGCAGAGAGGUGACCAGAUGUGCAGGGGCUGAAAUGCCUGGGUGUCCUCUGGGCACCCCUCUUCCAUUCACCCUGUGGCAUGGCUCCCCAUGCCUUCUGCCCAUCUGCUGGUCCAGGUCCUGGCGUGCUGCUGGCUCUUUAGCUCGUGUAGCUGUCUUGCUUUUUGACUUGCUCUGGGGAAGAACAGAGUGUGUCCUGUCUUCUGUUGCUUCUUCAGGUGCCAUCUGCCUGAUGGGGAACUCUGCCUGGGGGCUGGCUCUCCCCCCACACCAGGUAGCCUUGUGCUGCUCCUGCCUUAGCAGCACAUGUCAAAAAAAGUUCAUUCCAAUACUUGCAGCACUCUGGCAAUUGCUAGUGCAGCUGAUUUGCUUGAGAGAACACCUCUCUUUGCAACUCAACCAUCCACUUCCAAUUCCAAAUCUCCAGGUAUAGUCCACUGUGCCCGGCUGGCUUUCUGCUUUAAUGUCACUUUUCCCAGUCUCUUCUGAUAGAACACUCUUUUUUACUUUCAGGUUAAUCAGCUUUAACUACUGGGAAAUCUCCUCAACAUCCUGUGCAAGAAAAAAAUAAUACCUGCUUGCUUGUGUAACUUUUCUGCAGUGUCCCUGUCCCCACUAGCUGGUAUCUCACUCAACUAAAUUAUUCCCCCCGAGGUUUUCUGGUUUUGAUAAACUGGAAAUGCCAUAUGUUUUCUGGGUUUUGUUUUGUUUAUCUUGGCCACCUACUGUCCCAGUUUUGUGACAGCCAUCCUCAUAUAAAUUUGUUCCCUACCGUCAAUAAUUUAUAUUCCUUUAUAUUGGCUCCUCCAGGAUUAUUUUUUCAUCUUCUGAAGGGUUAUUGAGGUUGUAGAGAGAUUUGAAUAGGGACUGUGGUUUUGUAGUGUGUGUGUUUGAUGUCUCUGAUCCACAGCAGAAGCCCUUGCCAGCUGUUGCACCUACAGUGAUACCUGCAGUGUGUCCUGUAUUGUCCCCCAAGCCUCAGGCAGCAUCUCUGUGCCGUCAUUUGUGGGAGGUCUGCACACUCUGUCACUUAAGGCGCAGUAACUGGUGCUGCAUAAUGGCCCCUCACAUCUUUUGAAGCUGGUCCUCCUGAAGAGCCAAAGCAGGGUGUUUCCCUUGUCCCCCUGUGCUCCUGUUGGUUAAUCAUCUGGGACUCCUCUAGCAGCCUUGUUCUGGAUGGAUUUGCUCUUAAGUAAAGCUGUGCAAAAACUGGGAAGUGCCACAUCAGAGCUUUUGAAUUUGGACCACUUCCAGUCCUGACAUUCAGAAACUCAUCCCUAUGGGUGGCAAAGACAAAGAGGCUGGAUGCAAAGGAGGAAGCAUGGUAAAGGCAGCAUCUUUCCAGGAUUCAUGGGCUCUUUGAGAGAUGAUCAGAGGGAGGCCAGAUGACCUGCACAACACACAGAGCACAGUUUCUCGUCUGCAGAGGCAGCAUCGGAGCGUUCUCCCCAGCCCCGCGCCGCCCGGCUUGCCCGAUCGUUUCCGGAUGUUUCGCAGCUGCGAGUGGGAAGUCCUGGAGCGAUCCCUCAACAUCCUCCAGGCCAGUGACUUCUACUGGGGCCCCUUGUCUGUGGGGGAGGCUCACGCCAAGCUCCAGAGGGAGCCUGUAGGCACCUACUUGGUGCGGGACAGCUCGCAGGGGAACUGCUUGUUCAGCCUGAGCGUGCGGAUGCCCACGGGGCCCGUCAGCCUUCGGAUCUCUUUCCAGGAGGGCUAUUUCCGCCUCAAGAACUGGUUUGCAGACUGUGUGGUCCGCCUGCUGGAGCUGGUGGUGGCGGGGACGCGGAACAAUCCCUUGCACUUUGAUGAGAUGGGGGGCACUCCCCUGGUCUUCUCUGAGCCCUUGUGCCGGAGCCGCCGGGCAGUGCCCACGCUGCGGGAAUUGUGCUGCCGGAGCCUCCCUGCUGGUGCCACGACAGAGGACAGAGCAGGGCUGGGGGGCUCCGUGGGGAUGUGUCUGAGGGAAGAGGUGUUCUCACCCCUAGACAGAAGGGGAGGGUCAGAGGGGAGCGUUGGCCCCAGCUCCUGUCUGUCCUGGGCUAGGAGAUGAUGCCAUGCCUAUGGGAGAUGAAAGGAGAUGCCUCUUUUAUGGCUGUGCUGGUGGGAUGUGUGCCGCACCAGUGAUGCUGGACUGGCUGCUGGGAGAGGAAGGGAGAGGGCAGAGGGAGCAGAGCUGGCUGUGACAGAUGUGUCCUCAUACAUAUGCAGUGAGUGUGACUUCCCCAGACAUGCCUGGGAUAAAGCCAGACCUAAAGAGCAGACAUUGCCACUGCCACCAAAUCCUGCUCUUUGUUCCAUUUAUAACUUAAAAGCUCCAGAAAAAGGUGAGUUGCCUGUCCUCCCAGGUCAGCCCUGUGUUCUCUUCUACCCCAAAGUGCUUGAGCUCAUUUCUGCCUCAAAUCUGCCCUGGUGGAGUGCAGCUGAGUCCAGUGCCACAGCAGUGCAGCUUGGACAUCGAUGGACAUGACCCUUGUGCUGACCCACGAAGCUGUGGUGGAGCAAGAGCACAUUUCACUCCUUGCAGCACGAAUGUGAUGCCUGUUCCUUCAGAGGCCCAUGUUUGCACCAAGUGGAACCACUGCAGCCGUGUACGAUGCGUGCAGCUUCACUGCCUUUUGCAUUGCUUUAUUCAAUUGGAUUUUUGAGAGUGAAGAUGGGUUAUGCUGUACUUAAGGGCAUGGCAUUCCUGAAGAGAUAACUCUGGUCUGGAGGGUUGUGUCUGCCCUGGGAGGGUGUGAAGAGAUGGGAUCCUGCACCCUUUCUUAAGCUCAUGUGGUAGCGUGCUGCUGCCAUCUGUCGAGCAUCAGAAGAUGUUUUGGUUUUGCCUCUGAAAGGCAAGGAAUUUUUUACAUAAAACUUCUAAAAUUUUAAUAAAAUUUUUAUACUGAUUUUUAAAAGUCAA